AAUAGGAAUUCUUCUCUAGUACAUCACGUAAGCAAUAUGGCUGACGACCAACUGGACCAGCUUGAGAAUCGCAUAACUUUACUUGAAAGUCUGGUAUUUGGGAGUUCCGAUAAAGAUGCCCUUUACCCGAAGGGUUGCAAGCAAAGAGAAGAGUGCAUAGAUAGCCUGCAAAAUGUCCAGGCAAAGACCAAUGGUGCAGUUCAGGGCAAAAAGCGGAUAACCCAGACCUACAGUAAAUUGAUGGACAUUCAGCAGUACCUUGACCCAUCUUAUACCGACGAGAUGACUGUGUCAGACUCUGCCAAGGCCGAUACACUUAUUGCAGAUGAGGAUUUUAUCCGCCAGCAGACUGUUCGACUGGAAACAAUGGAAACACUUAAGGAUUGUAUAAACAGUGAACAUUUGAAAGCAUUACCAAAGAAUACAAGUAAAUUUCAGGAACUUAGCCGGGCCCAGCUGAACCAGCAGGACAAGACAGCCGAGAUAACGGAUGAUGUGAGGAAUAUACUCUCCGCAUAUAACAAUAUUGUUUCUAUGGUAUCCAAGCAGUUCGUACAAUGGGAUGAAACUGUGACCAAAUUAGAAAUGGCAAAACUUUCCAGAAAGUGACUGGCCAUUGUUUCCAGGAAGUGACUGGCCAAUGUUUCCAGGAAGUGAUUUGUCAAUGUUCCCAGGAAGUGACUGACCUAGUCAUUGUUUCCAGGAAAUGACUGGCCAAUAGUUCAAGGAAGUGACUGACUUAGUCAUUAAUUCGCGAAAGUGGCUUGGACUAUUUAAUUUAAUUAUCUGAACUGUAUAGUCAGCAACUAGUGCAAUAUGAAGUGGGGGAGUGACCGGUGGUCAGCAAUUUUAAGUUGAAAGAUGGAUGGAUGUACAGCUAACUAGUGGUCAUUUUGAAUAAUGUUUUUUUUCUUCAAAUUUUAAGUCUCUUUAAUGCAACCCUGGAAUGUAGCUGUAUUCUAUUCUGUAACCUGACUUUCUUUACUUAAAUAGCCUUCAACAUAAUUUGAAUCAAUAAUCCAAUCCCUUAUAUUUUAGAAUUCAUUAGUGCUUGCUUGGAAGAUAUACAUACUGCUAAGUCGUGUUGUUUAGUUCCAGUAUAUUCAUCUGAAAUCAUGUUAUAACUAUGAGGAAGGUAAAUUCAAGAUGUGAGUAUUUAAGUCUUUGAUACAAGGAAGUCCUUAGGAGAUCUGAUUGUCACUUGAUUAUUUCCAGUUCCAUAUUGUCUGUAAAUUUUGGUGAUAACCCAAACUUAGUCCAAUUAAUUAUUUAGUCAUUCCAAUGAAAAGCCUGUGUUAUGUGGCUAAUUGAAAGAUUGGUGGUUUAUGAGGAUCUCUAUAACAUGAUCUGUAUUGUAUUAAUGUAAAGAGUAUAUGUUGAACUUAUAAUUCUGAGAGUGGUGUCCCACCACUUUCCUUCCAUUUAAACUUUAAUUCUUUCCUAAGUUACUUUCGUGUUUAACUCCUUUUUGGGUUCUUUAUGUUCAUAAAAGACUUAUCAUAGGUUUGUGGGUCCUUUUAGGGAGCUAGACAUCUUGAAAUUAUUCUAAUAGUAAGGAACAACAAUGAAAUAAAAAGUAUCAUGAUCUGUAGCCUAAUGGAUAGGAGCUCCAUUUUAUCAUCUGAAGACCAUGUGAUGGAAUCCCGGUUGUGAUGCUCUGUUGUUUGGGGACAAGGAAACAUUUAGUGAACAUAUAACUCUUUGCUUUGGUAAACAAGGAAGAAACUCUAGCCUCGAAAAUUAGAACUCUUCAAUGUACGAGGUUGUAUGGAAAGUGUAGGGAGACCUUAAUUGAUGGACCUGUGUCAGUAUACACAGCUAUUGGUGGUACAUCAACAGUAUUUUGUACAUUGUAAGAACUAUGGAGGUGUAUGACAUGUAUUGUUCAUUUCUACUAUAAAUUCAUGGCUCAUUUCUUUGAUGAUAUGUACUGCUUUUAUUGACAGACUUUGGUGUAUACAACAAUGGAAAGAAGGCAAUUUUCAUUUUGUUUUCACAAAAAUAAAUAUUAAUAAAAGUCGGUAUGAAGAAUGUAAA